AUGGCUAACUUCUUUUCCUCUAGGGACUCCUGUCCUGCAGUAAAGAACAUUCUUAUUCUAGACUCUGAAGGGAAACGUGUAGCAGUGAAGUAUUACUCAGAUGAAUGGCCAACAAAUGCUGCCAAGUUAGCUUUUGAAAAAUCCAUCUUCACAAAAACACUGAAAUCAAAUGCUCGUACGGAAGCUGAAAUCACAAUGUUUGACAGCAACAUUGUUAUAUAUAAGUUUGUCCAGGACCUCCAUUUCUUUAUAACUGGGGGUGAUGAAGAAAAUGAACUCUUACUUGCCGGUGUGCUUCAGGGACUCUUUGAUGCAAUUUCUCUUCUUUUGAGGAACACUAUUGAUAAAAGGGAAGCACUUGAGAACUUAGAUCUCAUCUUCUUAUGCAUUGAUGAAAUUGUUGAUCAAGGGAUGAUACUUGAAACAGAUUCAAAUGUUCUAGCAGGAAAGGUGGCAAUCCAAAACAUGGAUGUUUCAGCACCAUUGUCUGAACAGACCAUAAGUCAAGCAUUAGCUACAGCUCGUGAACACUUGACAAGAACCCUUCUAAAAUAA